AUAAUGUAUAAAUUAUAAAUGGCUCGUUCCAAUUCCUGGGAAGUGUUAUGGUCACCAAAUAACCCAAACAAGUUCAUAAGAUAUAAUACUAGUGAUGUGAGCAGUGAUGUUUGCUUAUACCAACUGUAUCAAAGCCAGGAGUUGCUGCCCUCAAAUAUCAGUAAAACUCAAGUUGUAAAACUUGCUGAAUCUAUCUAUGUAUGUCCUGUAGCAGCGUAUUCUGAGUUUUCUUCGGUCAAGUCAAUAGCAUGGUGUCCUCGCAAAGAUCUUGCUGACUACUGCAUUUUAGCUGUUGGUCUCUCCAAUGGCCGUGUUUCUGUUCUAAAUGUUGGAUCAGAGGUACCUUCUAACACAUCGUUAUUACUGAACCAGGAAUUUUCACCAAAAGCCGAAAGGACUUGUCAUGAAAUCGCUUGGAGUGAAGAUGAGCCAAACUUGCUGGCUGUAGGCUUGGACAAAACAAGAUACGAUAAUUCAUUAUUAGUUUGGGAUGUUGAAGCCAAGUCAAGUAUUACUCAAUCUCCAGGCUUUGAUUCAAGAUCAUUUGGCAGCAUACGGAAGCCUGUGUUUGAGCAUGGUUCAUCUGAGCAAACUGUAUCUGUGCAAUGGUUGCCACAUAAAAUACUAGUUGCUGGUGUGACAAAAUGGCUUCGUUUAUAUGACAUGAGAGUCCCAACUCCAAAGGUUAUUGCAACAACAAAGGCCUUGUAUGGUAUUUGUGUUGAUCCUCACAAUCCACAACGAAUAGCAUCAUUUGCUGAGGGUCCCCAAGGUGCAGUUUUAGUUUGGGAUAUUCGCAACAAUGAAAAACCUUUGGUGACCAUCAAUCAAUCAAAACCAGUCUCCAAAAUAUCCUGGUGCCCAACCAGAAAUCAUUUAAUCUCAGUCCUUCAAAAGGAUAGCAUGGCUGUGAAGUAUUAUGAUCUUCAACACACAUUGUCAGGUGGUGUGGUGCAAUACAGCAAUAGCAUUGACGAGAGUGGAGACAGUAUCCCAUUCGAAAGAAAUGCUCAAUUACCGAAAUCUGCAAAGUAUAAUAUAUCCUCAUACAGUUGGCAUCCUUCCAUAGAAAAUAAAAUACUAACGGUAUCAGCGACAGGUGGAUUACAUUACCUUGAAGUAUUUGAACGUAUCACAAUGAGUUGGUCGCCAACACUUGAUUUAGUAUGGGGUUGCGGUAAACACAUGUUGAUGUGUUCCAGGGAUGGAACUUACACUGGUGAAGAAGAAGAUAUUUCUUCUGCGAUGCGUCAGCGUGCCAUUAUGGGUUAUGGUGAACCACAUAUUAUGAAAGAUGAAAAAAAGUUGAAAGACGUUGUAAAGGAUCCCUUUUUAGUUAAAUUAUGGUUAUGGUUAAAACGUUCACGAAAACUGAAAGACCAUGAGUCUAGAAAGCUCAGACGUUUUUUUGGAGUGAAAGCUAUCAUCAAGGGAGAAUUAACCACACCUGAGUCUCAGAAGCAGAAAGGAAACGAAAAGCAUACCAAAGGAGGUCGCUUCACAAAGGCUUUUGUUGAUGGUAAUGUGACUGAAGAUUUUGUAUUUGCGAAGAGAUACACAAGUGAUGAUAGAAACUUAGCAAUGCACCUGUGCGACUGGGAUCUAAGUGAACAAUCACUGUUUGAACGAUUGAAUAAACUGUCUGCAGAUGGAGAGCCAGAAAGGGCGGCGGCUAUGGCGUUAUUUUCAAAUAAAAUGAGUUGGACUAUAGAUAUAUUAAGUGGUGUGAGCACUGGUAAAAAGAAGAAACAGAGUACUCAACAGCCUGAUGCAUAUUCUUAUUUACCUCUUGUUGCCAUGGCACUAUCAGGUUACUCAGACAGUAAACAAACGUUGUGGGCAGCCAACUGUAAAACGUUAAGUGCUCAACUAAGGAAUCCAUACCUUCGAGCUAUAUUCGCUUUUCUGACGGCAGAAGAUGAAGACUUCGUACAUGUCUUGAAAGAAUCUGGGAUGGAGUUAAAAGAUCGAAUUGCAUUUGCAUGUCGCUUCCUGUCGGACGCCAAGUUAACAAAUUACGUUGAAAAUGUGACCACGAGUUUGAUCACAAGUGGAAGCUUAGAAGGAUUACUAUUGACUGGCCUCACGUCUGAUGGCUUAGAUUUACUAGAAAACUUUAUUACCAAGACCAGCGACGUACAAACAGCUAUUUUGAUUAUUCUGCAUAUGAAAGUCAGUGAAGUGUUCAAAGACCCCAGGGUUUCCAGUUGGAUAGAGAAUUAUCGAGACCUUCUCGACAAAUGGCGACUUUGGCAUGAAAGAGCACAAUUUGACUCGCUUGUUCAAAAUACAGACUCUCGAAAAAUUCCGCAACAAAUCAGCGUAACAUGCACUUACUGCAGCAAGCCGGUGUCGAACAAUUUUCUAUCUUCCGGUGGCAUGCGAAUGCCUCGAUUCCCGCAUGGUAAUAGUCGACAGAAUAAGGCAAUGGCUUGUCCUGGAUGUAAGCAACAACUUCCACGCUGUUCUGUGUGCUUAAUAAAUUUGGGUUCGUUAUCUUCGCAUUUGCCGAAAACAGGAGCAAAACCUAAACUCGACACGAUUGUGAACUCGUUUCAAACGUGGUUUACGUGGUGUCAGUUGUGCAGGCAUGGCGGCCAUGCGGCUCAUCUUAUGGAAUGGUUUUCAGAACACGUUGAAUGUCCUGUCACUGGAUGUGCUUGUUAUUGCAACGCCCAUGAUAGUAUUGCUAUGGUUACACCAAAACAAACAGGACCGAUAGACAAUAGUGAAGAACGAAGAUAGCGCACUUUAUAUUGGUAUUUUUUCAAAAAUGCCGAAUUAUCCUACAGCACAACUCAAAAGGCAAAUAGUUGCGUGGGUCGUCAGGAAAAAUAAAGUUGAGAAUAUAUUUUGGAAUUUGGAAUAAAAUUUUGCUUUUGUUUCGUACCUAAAUUAUGUCCCUAAAUUUUUGGUAUUUUGGAUUUUUAAUAUCUAGAACAAAUCCUUCGGCUCCUUGCAGUCGCUUACGUUUUAUCGAAUUUAAAUUACGUUCUCUCGUUAUUUUAAAAUUUUACCAAAGCAUGCAUUUCGAAAAAAAAAAGCUGUAAAAACACUAGUUCUAACUAAAACAAAAUUUUUGUCUAUAGCUCUUGUUGGCCAUUCUCCCAAAAGAUUUCCUUUGUAGGUUCCGAAGUCAAUUUUAACUCUUGUUUUUUUGGGGUUUUUUUUUGCAUAUCUUUCACUGAAAUUUAGAGAUGUGAUUUUUUCUAUUUUUUUUUUCACUUUUUCUUUAUAUCAGAUUUUUAUAAGUAACGAAAUGUUCACAUUUCAAAGAUUUUUGUAAAUACUCACUAGAGAUUAGAUAUAUUAUGUUAUA